ACGACCGGUCACUCGGUCUGAGUCUCCCCCUGCCUCUCCCUCUCCAACUUGGACUUGUGCUCUCCGACUCCAACAAGCCCCGCUGUGUGUGUAUAUAUAUAUGUGCGCGGCUCCGGCACUGACUGCGCAGCAAGAAUUAACCAACUGAGCGAGCCCAAACAGCACAGCUCCAUCUGCAUCCCGGUCGCAACCGCAAUCCAUUGCGGUGUCUUCUCAAUCUUUUCAUCCUAGCUCCUCGCUGCGCGCAAUCGAACGGAACAAUCGGCUCUGCGCAGAGGCAGCCGUGAGAUGACUCUGAGGCCACUCAACAUAGAACGCAACCUCCUCUCCCCGAGGCCGCAGAGCCCCCGAGAUGGCGCCUGCACGCCGCUGAGGUCACCGCGGGUGUCCUGCAAGAACAGCAGCAGCCCGUCGUCCAAGAGCCGCAAGAUGGCGCGCGGCGGCCUCGAGCGGUCGCUCAGCUUCAAGAACUGGGAGGCGCAGGCGGCGGGCGAGCUGGAGGCCGCCAGCCGGUGCGGCGGCAUCAACGGUGCGCGGCCGGGGACCCUCGCGCUGCAUCAGCAACUCAGCCCCAGGAGCAGCAGGCAGAGCGACGGCGCCGUGGCGGUGUCCCCGGCCCAGCAGGUCCUCCUGGAUUACUUCUCCCCGCGACCCCGGUGCGAGCUCGACGAGGCCGCCACCAGGGUGCAGAAGAUCUUCAAGGGCCACCGCACCCGGCGGAGCCUCGCCGACUGCGCCAUCGUCAUCGAGGAGCUCUGGUGGAAGGCGUACGAGUCGGCGUCGCUGAACAUCAAGUCCAUCUCCUUCUUCGACGUGGAGAAGCAGGAGACGGCGGCGUCCCGUUGGUCCAGAGCCGGCAAGAGGAUCGCCAAGGUCGGCAAGGGCCUCUCCAAGGACGACAAGGCGCAGAAGCUAGCGCUGCAGCACUGGCUCGAAGCUAUCGAUCCGCGCCACCGUUACGGCCACAAUUUGCAUCUGUACUAUGACAUCUGGUCUGCGAGUUCGAGCACUGAACCCUUCUUCUACUGGUUGGAUAUCGGCGCCGGUAGAGACUUGCAUCACCCGAAAUGCUCACGAAGCAAGCUUUACUCACAACUGAUCAAGUACCUCGCACCAAACGAGAGAGCAGCGUAUGAAGUUGGUGUGGAGGAAGGGAAGCUACUCUACAAGCAAACUGGAACUUUUGUGGACACAAAUGAGGAGUCCAAGUGGAUAUUUGUGCUGAGCACGAGUAGAUCACUAUACGUCGGACAGAAGAAGAAGGGAGAAUUCCAGCACUCCAGCUUCCUGUCUGGGGCAGCUACAACAGCUGCUGGAAGAUUGGUUGCCAAAGAGGGUGUUCUGAAGGCGAUAUGGCCGUACAGCGGCCACUACCUCCCAACAGAGGAGAACUUCAGAGAGUUCAUCAGCUUCCUGGAGGAGAACAAUGUUGAUCUGGCCAAUGUCAAGCGAUGUUCGGUCGAUGACGACGAGUACCCAUCGUUCAAGAAGACAGACAAGCCAGCGGAAGAGGCUGAAGUGCCCACUCAAGAUGCACAUGAUGAGACCCUACAGGUUGAACUGCCUGAGGUGGACAUUGUGAAGGAAGUGGCUGACCAGGCCGUCGGCGACGACGACGACAAGGCUGAACCGAAGAUGAUGGCCAGCCGACCAUCGUUCAAGUGGUCGACGCCCACCGGCGCGCGCAUCGGCUGCCUCCGGGACUACCCGGCCGAUCUCCAGAGCAUGGCCCUCGAGCAGGUGAACCUUUCACCUAGGGUGGUGCCGUCCCCGAGCGCGAGCAGGCUGCCGAUCCCGUCUCCCCGGCCGAGCCCGAGGAUCAGGCUGUCGCCGAGGCUGCACUACAUGGGGCUGCCGACCCCGACCGGCGUCAAGCUCCCGAUACCGAGCCCGGCGGCGGCCAGGCGGUCUCCCAAGCAGCAGUUCAUGGGGUUCCACACGCCGGCGGUGGCGCUCACGCUCCCCAAGCACAAGGGCAAGUGAUCUGGUGGCAGGCAUUGCUCAUUGCCAUGGCUGGCGUCGCCGUAGCGCUGUUUUCAAAGGUGUUGCAGCGUCUUCAUCAGUUAGUUAGAGCAGGGUUAACAAUUUUGCUGUUUGUCGUCAGAUGCUUCGAAUUCGUUCUUUGAUCGUGUACCAUUCUUUUGCAUGUUUGUUCUUCUUCUUCUUUGACCUGAGGUGCAUGUUGUAAAGCAAAAACUACAUGUCCUGUAAAGUCUUGACUCGCAGUUUUCAGAGAUAUGUAACUGCAAAUUCUUUUGAAUAAAAAAGAUGUGUUAUGUCA